UCAAUUCAUAUGUCACAUUUUGUCAAAUGACAAUACACUGUCAGGUUUUUGAUUUUGGAUAAAAUAUCGCGGCAACGGACUAAUCGUUAAUUUCAUUUAAUACAUUAAAUAAAUAUAUUCUAAAAAAUGGAAUAUAACAGCAGCGGUGGUUUGCGGAGCCCAUUUUCACCUCGAGUAAGACAGUCUAUUGGAGGCCGCAGACCUUUAGGGCAUGGUUCUGCUAAAAAAAAUCAGAGCAAAUUUAUGCAGUCCAUAGAGCAACAGGCUGGUGAUGUGAUUUACAAGACUCCUCUGAGCACCAUUGAGACAUUUGGGAUGCCUCUACCCGUUUUGGUGACUGAAACACUUACCUUUGCUAGUGGUGAUGUGAGUGUGCGCAUGUCGCCUUGUGGUUGGUGCUGGAUAGUGGCUGGGCGCAGAGUGCUGGCCUGGCCUAGAGAGAUGGCAGUGUCUCCUGCCGCACCCACCGCAGCAAGGGAGCUGACUCUGCCGCAGACUGACUUGGCACACAAGGCUGACCUUGUUGUGCUGUUUUAUGAGGAGGGUGCACAGAUGCCCUCCUGCAUCGGCGUGUCGCCGGAGGGCGUGGUGCGCUACUGGGCGAGCGUGGGCUCGGAGGGCGCGUACGCGGACGUGUCGUGCGAGCUGGCGGGGCAGGAGUGCGACCGCCUCACCGAGGCGAGCGACGGCCUGCUGCUGGCCACCACCACCUGCACGCUCGUUAGGAUUACCACCUCCAAAGAGGGGCGCCCCUCAGUGGUGUGUCAAACAAUGCGGCCGCCCAGCGGUUGGCUGGGAGGCAUCGGUCGACGGGUCUCCUUGCUAUUCUUCGGAUCUAUGCCCGCUCAUGCCGAUACGCGGCUGGUGGGCGUGGUGGCGCUGCCCGCGAGCGCGCCGGGCAGCGCGGAGGCGGAGGGCGAGUGCGUGGCGCUGCUGGCGGGCGGGCCGCUGCUGCAGCUGUGGUGCGGCGCCGAGCUGCACGAGCACCACCUGCGCCGCCCGCUGUGCGACGCCUUCGCGCGCGCGCACCUGGCGCCGCAAGGCGACGCGAGCGGGCUGGAGGUGGCGGCGCUGGACGUGCACGCGCACGGCGCGCGCGGCCUGCUGCUGCUGCUGGCGGCCGGCUACGUGGCGCGCUCGCCCGACACGCGCUACGCGCUGGCGCACGUGAGCGUGGAGCAGCGCUCGCGCGUGCGCGUGGUGUCGCUGUGCGCGCUGCCCGCGCCGCGCGACCUGGAGCCGCCGCGCUGCCUGCCGCUGGGCGCGCGCCCGCUGCUCUACGCCUCCGGCUACGUGGCCUGCGUGUCGCCAGCGGCACCGGAGAAAACGGAGUACGUGGACGUGUCCGCGGAGUCGGACCGCAUCUUGGGCGCGGCGCUCUGCGACGGCCUGCCGCUGCUGUUCAGCCGCAAGCACGGCGUGCUGCUGCUGCGCGCCGCCGAGCCGGGCCCGCGACCCUCCCCGUCGAUCUGCGAAAGUGCGAUGGGUUCUCCGUGCCCCUCCGACAUGUACGACAGCAAUCUCUCGCUCUACGAAAUUGAUCCGCACGAGGUGGGCGCCGCGAGCACGGACGCGGUGGGCAAGCUGAAGAGCGCGUUCCUGUUCCACGUGCGCGGCGACGCGGGCGCGGCGGCGCGCGUGCUGGGCGAGCUGUUCCCGCGCACGGAGCCGCACAGCGACGCGCCGCUCGACCGCUCCGUGCUGGCGCUGGCGCACGACAUGCUGGACGACGCGCCCGCCGGCGACCCGCGCUGGCGCCUGCGCACCGGCGCGGCGCUGGGCAGCUCGGCCGCGCUGCAGGCGGCGGCGCAGCUGCGCGACAAGCAGCGCGCCUUCGCGCUGCUGCUCGACUUCCUGCGCGCGCUCGGCCUGUGGCGCCGGCUGGGCAGCGUCAGCCGGGAGCACGAGGAGGGCACGGUCAGCACGCAGUACGAGCUGUGCGCGCUGGCCGAGCGCCUGGCGGCCGCGCGCGCGCUGCAACGCCUGCACCAGGAGGGCGCGCCGCUCGUGGACGCCGCGCUGCACCGGGUGGCCGCGAGCGCCGAGAGCGACGGCGAGGAGGCGGAGGUGGUGGCGGCGCUGCGCGCGGGCGCGCUGUCGGCGGCCGACGUGGUGUUCCGGCGCGUGACGCGUGUGCGCCGCGUGCUGCGCGCGCUGGCGCUGCUGCCGCCGCCCGCGCACGACGCGCGCGCCGCCGCGCUGCACGCGCUGCACGCCGUGCGCGCGCUCACGACGGUGCUGAGCGAGGUGCACAAGUGCCGCGCGCAGGGCCCGCCGGACGGCCCGCCGCGCCCCGCGCCCGCGCUGGGCCCGCGCGCGCUGCUGUCCGCGCUGGCGCAGCUGCACACGCGCGCCGUCACGGCAGGUCUGUCGGUUGGUUUAGUAAAGAUGGGUGCGAAAUCUAUUCCACUUCAACCAUCUACUUUUAUAGCGUGCUCAGUGUCAUAUAGCUCCAAAAAUAUCGAAUGUCUCUCGUGCGAACUGAAUGAAAUGGAAUGGCAUUGCCUGGUCCCGCGCAGCGAGUGCGCGCGCGCGUGCCCGGACGCGGCGCUGCGCGCGCAGCUGCUGGAGGCGGCGGCGGCGCUGGCCGACCUGCUGCUGAGCGAGGCGGAGCCGCUGCGCCAGCCGCCGCGCACCGCGCACUUGUACGAGCGCCUGCGCGCCGACGCGCUGCUGCCCUACCUGCAGGAAGGCCAGGCCGAACGCGCCGCGGUGCUGGCGGAGAAGUUCAAGGACUUCGAUCUGUUGAUCGACAUGUGCGUGCGGCGCGACGACAUGCCGCGCCUCUACGCGUACAUCGACAAGUACGCCGACGAGGGCAUGGCGGAGCAGACGUUCGCGUGGCUGGCGUCGCGCGGCGGCGCCCAGCACGCCCUGCUGCUGCGCGCGCUGGGCGGGGGCGCGGGCGCGGGCGCGGGCGCGGGUGCUGGCGCGGGUGCGGGCGCGGGCGCGGGCGGGCGCGUGGAGGCGCGGCUGCGCGCGUGGCUGGGCGCGGCGCCGGCGCGCCUGCCGCUGCGCGCGCUGCAGCGGCUGUGCGGCGGCGACGCGCGCGCGGCCGGCGACCUGUACGCCGCGCUGGCGCAGCAGGAGACGCGCUGCGUGGCGCGCAUGGCGACGAUGGCUUCGAUAGCCAAGCUGUGCCUGCUGGCCGGCGCCGAGCCGGGCCGGGCCGAGGCGUGGCGCGCGGCCGAGGCGCGCCUGGCGCUGGCGGAGCAGCAGCACGCGUUGCCGCGCGAGCUGCGCCUGCACCACGGCCUGGACGAGGCGCACGACGGCGGCCGGGUGCUCGAGCCGGAGGAGCUGGUGCAGAUGUACAUCGACUCGGCUAGCCGCUCGCUCACUGAAUACGACUACAAGAAGGCUUUGGACCUCACCGACUUCGUGCAGGACAUGGAACGGCGGGACGAGUUGCGGCUGAGGGUGUGGUGCGCGUGCAUCCGGCGCGACGACUGGUCCACGUGCCGCGUGGACGCGCCGGCCGACGAGAUGCAGGACAAGAUGUUCUUCCGCCUGCUCGACCUGGUGCACCUCAUGGGCGGCGACCUUGAAUUGCUGCUACCCCCAGUGGAGGACAUCCUAACGGCACCGGAGCUAGCAGAACUGGUCUCCGACCCUCGGUUCCACUUCAUCAUCAAGUACGGCUACGAGUGUGUUGACGCCACCAGAAACGACAUCAUUGAGACCUCGUAACUUGAGAGAUUGUAUCUUAGUAAAUCUUGAAGGCUGAGAUUUGCACGUUCGUAAUGGAAGAGUCGAUUUCGAGUAAACUGUAACGUCAGAGUUAAAUUUAUUUUAAUCAACUUGUUAUUUCUUCUGAAAUUCAGGCGGAAGAUAUUUUGAUAACAAGAUUCGUUUUUUGAAAUAAAGUUUAAUAAGGUCAUUUUACUUUUACGUUACAGUGUUUUGAUCCCCAGAAACGUCUCCAUUAUUGCGAGCCAUUGUCAUGCAAGUCACAAACAGAUACAAAAGAUUAUUUUUAAGCUAAAAAUGUAUUUUGCGAAGUUAAUUUUGAAUUGUGACUCAACAUUGACGUCAUAAAUUACAAUAUCAUGGGUGUUUAGAUUUUGACUACAUAGAUGUUCGGUAAAUUCGGUGUUAUUUGGAGAAUUUUUAUAGGUUUAGGGUAUGUAUGACUGAACUUGGAACGUCAACUUUUUUUUUAUACAUUCCGGUUUUUUAUGAAGCAAAAGGAUUUCGAUGUAUUUUUUUUGUUAGUACUUUUUUAACAUUUUCUUUAGUUUAAUCUGGCACCGAUGGAUUAAUCUUUGUUACAAAUAUUAAAGUAAUUUAAACAAGUUUAAAGUCCAUAAUACUUUUAAACACCACUAGCGGAAAUAAAUAUCGUAUCUCCAUAAAAUCAUUAUCGUUCUUUUUUUUUCUUCUUAAAUAAUGAUCUUUUCAGCCAUUACUGCAGUGACGAAAAAUCUGUUUUUUCAAACUGAAUAUACAAUGCUAAUAUAGUUGUUUAAGAAUACAGUACAGAAUACAGUUUGAAUGAGAAGGUAAGUAGUUUUACUGCUUACCUUCUCAUCCAAAGUUCUCUUAAAUAACCCUAAUGCCCAUUUUCACUAAACCUACGCGUUGCCUAGAUUGAAUGUAUAAUGAUUAAAACGAUGUCUAAAAACGAUUCACCGGUUGAUAAAAUGUCUAGGAAUCUCCUUAGAUUAGGCUUAACUUAUUUAGGCAUUGCCUUGUAUGUCGUUAGUGAAAACUGGCGUAAGAAUCCUUGCUGUCUCCAUAAACGUAUGUUAACCGAACUUGACAACCCAUGAUAUUUUAUUUCGCAGCAUUGAGUAAUUACUACGUAAUAGAGCAGGCGGGUCCAAUAAAUAUACACAGUGUGCACGCAUAACUACGGUCACGCGGCCGACUAAAACAGAAUAAUGCGUUAUUUGGUUUUGUUUGACCGAUUCUUACAUUGAGUAACCAAUUCAAUAACAUAAUUAGAUGUUAGAUAUAACAGGAAUGUGCAGAAUUAAUUCUACUAAAGUAGUUUGUGUAAUAACGUAAAUAAAUAAAUAAAAAAUAAUAUAAUAUAUAAUAGCAUAGAUCAGAGACUCAUUCAAGAAAAUCAAAUUUUGGAUUUAUUUGAUUUUAUUUAAUGAGUUAAGAGUAAAUAUACAAUUCAUUUUGAAUUUGAUUUAAUUAAGCAAGUGUCACAUAAGCUGUUAUGUUUUGGCAUACACACGUUUAUUGCGGCCCACAACACAAGUAUCUUAACUUUGCGACGUAUCCUCUAAUACGUAGUAAAUUAUUUCUCUGAGUUUGUAAGUUAUGGUAUUGCUUUAAGUUUAAAAUGUACAAGUUCUCACCAUUCGAAGAUGUUCAGUCAGACUGAUGUAGGUGUAUACCAUAGUUUGGCGGACAUACAGUUGGGCAAUAAGUGUGUAUGGGAAUAACAGCAUUUAUUCAACGUUUUAUCAGCUUGUGGGUCACAGACUGUGAUGGAUUAAGCCUUCUCAUACUAGACCUUGGCUAUUUUUCAAGUGUAUGAAGUUUAAACGGGUUAAUUAAUUAAAUUUAAUAAGGUGUUUGUUAAAUCAAAUACUGCACCAUUAGCGCUAGGAUUUGCGCCACGAGACCAUUAUUUCUACCAAUUACUCAUAUUUUUAGACGAGAUAAUGGGUUUGUGGAUUAAGAUAAUUUCUCAAAGGAAUUACAAAAAAAUCGCUUAAUUGAGAAAACAUUAAACUUAAAAAUAAAACAUGUUGUGAGCGUACACGAUAGAAGGUACAUAUAAAUCUAUAAAGCAUAACUUAAUGCAGCUAAAAAAAAAUGUUCGUACAAUCGGGUAGUUUCACAAAUAUUACCGAGCAAAAACAUACGACUUAAACAAAGAUCAUCGUUUACUGGAAACGACUUAUACUGACAUAUUAUUUAUCAAGUAGAAUUGUAAUUUUUUCUUAAAUAUAAACGUAGAUUUAGAUUCUGUUAUAUAAGAUGGCAGUUUAUUAUAAAUCUGCGCUCCUUCAAAAAUAAUAUUUUUGUUGCCAUAAGUAUUAGUUCGAGGUUUGUGAUGUAAUAAGAGCUGAUUUGCCCGAUUUAAUUUUCUCGUGAUGCGCAUGCUAGCCCUACAGAAAGAAGGUAAUGCUCUACAGGUGGGUUGUUGGCAGUUUCGACUGCGUAGCCCGUUAUAAAUUCGCAAAGUUACUCGUUCCCCAACGGCAUGAUCGCUAAACCGGAUACUAAUAAGAUAGCUGUAAUAAUGUGUGAUUAUUGUUAUUUUUUAAUGGAAUUGUUCUUCAUAUGUUGCAUUAAAGAUAAUUGAUUAUA